UGUGGAACUGGACGAUAUUCAACGAGACCAUAAACCGGUAUGACUGUACAGCCAGCCGCCGCGGCGGAAGCAUCAGUGUCAUUUUGUUCCUCUCCAGUCGUCGAUAGCACCAACGAGAUACCGACAACAAACCGUGCGCUAACCGAAAUCUUCAGCACAUGAUGCACAUCCCAGACUUUCCAAGCCCUCGUUUGUAGUUACCUGCAGGCUACGGAUAUCGGAAAUAUUAUGGAAAUAUUUCGUCAUCCGUAUACUUUCAUAAUUGAUCAAUGCUAUUAUCUUGGCAGACUCGACCCAUGAGCUUUGCUCUAUAAAUAGCCGUGAUAAAAAGUGCAAAGUUUUGCCGUUUCGAUAUUUCCACGACGGUGUUGUUACCGUUUUUCGAUUCCGCGAUCGCUUUCAGCACGUGUGAUACCAUUUAAGUGACUAUUAAGGUGCUGACCGCCUUUUCCCGCUGGUAUUUCUGGAGUUGUGUUACGGUUCACAAGUGGACGAAGCAGGGAAGCGUAAAGGCCAGUCGCAGCACUGCGCUGAUAAUCAUGCUGCAGCGCCAGCUUAUCCGGUUCCGCCAGACGGGAAAGCGGCUGCUAGCGGGAUCUUGGCUCCCAAGAACCGUGCAGCAUGGACGCGGCAUGCAGACCGGGAUGAAGACCGACGAAUUCCUCAACAGCGGCUCGGCGGUCUACCUGGAAAGCAUGUUGGAACAUUGGAGGAAGGACCCCAACAGCGUUCAUUCGUCUUGGAGUUCGUAUUUCAAAGAUAUGCACUCCGAUGGAGGUCCUUCAGCCAUAUUUGAAAAAGAUGAACGUGUGUUACAACCUGGAAAUUCGAGAACCACAGCACUGCAGCUGGAAAAAUUAGAAAAGGCGUUUAAUGAUCACAUGUCGGUUCAGACGCUUAUUCGUUAUUAUCAGGAGCAUGGUCAUAAAGUGGCUGAUAUCGAUCCACUUCGCCAGGAUCAGCGCAUCACCCGUUAUCUGCCAGAAUUGGACCCGGCACAUUACUCCUUGGGAAAGAGUGAAUUGGAUACAACAUUUGCGUUGCCCGUUACGACAUGUAUCGGCGGUUCGGAAAAGGUGCUAAGUUUACGCGAGAUUAUUCGCCGUUUGCAAAACGCCUACUGCGGCACUGUGGGGGUGCAGUACAUGUUUAUUCCGCGGCGGGACCAGUGUGAUUGGAUCAGAUCCAAAUUCGAGACCCCGGAUGCCGCCAAGCUUACCGCUGCCGACAAAAAGCUGAUUCUGAAACGAUUAAUACAUGCUGGAGCGUUUGAAGAUUUCAUAUCUAAAAAGUGGCCGAAUGAAAAGAAAUUCGGAUUGGAAGGAUUGGAAAGCCUCAUCCCUGCGCUGGACGCGAUCAUUGAUACAUCCCGUGCCGCUGGGGUGGAGAGUUUUGUCAUGGGAAUGGCACAUCGUGGUCGUCUGAAUGUGAUCGCAAAUAUCUGCCAGAAACCGCUGGAACAAUUGUUUGCUCAAUUUAUGCAUCUGAAAGCUGCCGAUAGCGGAAGCGGUGACGUCAAGUAUCAUCUGGGUCUUUCUCAGCAGUUCAUUAACGACGCCACGAAUCUUCCCGUGAAGGUCACCCUGUGUGCCAAUCCCUCGCACUUGGAAACCGUAGAUCCGGUUGCGCAAGGAAAGACAAAGGCUGAACAGUUUUAUAUGGGGGAUAAAAAGGGAGAGAAGGUAAUGAGCGUCCUUGUGCAUGGGGACGCUGCGUUUCCUGGGCAAGGUGUUGUCUAUGAAACUUUCCACCUAAGCGCGCUCCCUGAAUACUCCUGUCACGGGACAAUCCACAUUGUCACAAACAAUCAGCUCGGUUUCACAACCAACCCGCUAGUGGCACGCAGCUCUGAGUAUUGCACUGAUCUGGCUCAAGUGGUGAACGCACCGGUCUUCCAUGUCAACGCAAACGAUCCGGAAGCUGUUCACUAUGUUGCACAAGUGGCAGCAUUAUGGCGCGCGACAUUCCAUAAAGACGUUGUCAUUGAUCUGAUUGGAUUCCGGCGAAAUGGGCAUAACGAAUUGGACGAGCCGCGUUUUACUCAGCCGGGGAUGUAUAAAAUUAUCGAUCAGAUGGACCCAGUAACGGUUUCCUAUACGAAGAAAUUAAUUGAUAACGGCGUUAUUGAUGCUCAUUAUGCCGCAGAGGAAACGAGCAAAUACAUCAAACGAUGUGCUGAAUCUUAUCGGACAGCUCAGGGAAUAACUGCUGUUCGCCAUCGAGAUUGGUUGGAUUCUGAAUGGGAAAACUGGCCCCCAACAUCUUGUCAACCGUUCAAUACCGGUGUAGAUGAGGGAAUCCUUCAUCGCAUUGGCACCGUUUUUAGCGAGAUACCUAAAGAUUUCAACAUCCAUCAAGGCACAAAACGGAUACUGGAGAACAGGCAAAAGUUACUCCAGAAACGGGUGGCUGAUUGGGCGAUGGGCGAGGCGUUGGCUUUUGGAUCUCUUCUUUGCGAAGGCAUUCAUGUCCGGUUGAGUGGUCAGGAUGUUGAACGUGGAACGUUUAGCCAUCGUCAUCACGUACUGCAUGAUCAGGAACGCGACAAGGAAACGUACAGUCCUUUGGCGAAUAUCCGCCGCGGUCAGGCCGAAUACACAGUUUGCAACAGCUCGCUGUCGGAGUACGGCGUGCUUGGUUUCGAGUUGGGAUUCUCCAUCACUGAUCCCCAUGCGCUGGUUUUAUGGGAAGCACAAUUUGGGGAUUUUUCGAAUACCGCCCAGCCCGUCAUUGAUCAACUGAUUAGCAGUGGGGAAGAUAAAUGGGUGCGCCAGGCUGGGAUUGUCUUAUUAUUGCCGCAUGGAUACGAAGGAAUGGGACCGGAACAUUCCAGUGCCCGUGUAGAGCGAUGUUUGCAGUUAUGCAGCGAUGAUCCUUAUGACAUGCUACUGGACUGCAGUCGAGAAGCAGUUCUGACCCAGUUGAGAAACACAAACUGGCAGGUUAUGAAUCUGACGACUCCAGCCAACCUUUUCCACGCUCUUCGACGACAAGUGAAACUACCAUUCCGGAAACCGCUUGUGAUUAUGACCCCUAAGAGCUUACUGCGCAAACCCGAAGCGCAGUCUAGUUUUGAUGAAUUCUUGCCAUCCAGCGAAUUUAAACGUAUUUAUCCUGACAAAACUGCUAGCAAACACUCAGACACGAUUAAACGCGUGGUGUUUUGUUCGGGAAAGCUGUUCUAUGAAUUGGAUGCAGAAAGAACGAAAGCUGGACUGGAGAAGGAUAUAGCACUCAUCAGAAUCGAACAGAUCUGCCCUUUUCCGCAUGAUCUCAUUAAGGAGCAGCUGAAGUUGUACCCUAGCGCACAAAUCGUUUGGGCACAGGAAGAGCACAAGAACGCAGGUGCAUGGACAUACAUCCAACCCCGUCUGGAUACGCUGCUCGGGCACGGGAUGAACGACGAACGAUCUGUACAAUAUAUCGGAAGGGCUGUAUCUGCUGCCACUGCUACGGGGAAUAAAAAGCGACAUGAGUCGGAACAAGCGAAAGUGAUUCAGGAAGUUAUGACAUGGCUAUGAAGGCGUUAAUUUCCGGUGCUUACACCUGCGAGGCAGCUUGGCUGUGGAUCUUCUUAAAGAUGUUUGUGUGCGGGCAGUUGUUUCUAGCUUUGGAAAAGACAUAUUCUUUGCUUUCAUCGCAGGUGGUUAAUGAUCUUUAUUUUUAUGAUGCAGAAAGGCUGUGAUGGGAAUUUUGCAGAAAGGUACAGAAGUAUGCUUUGAAUUUUUGAAAUUUCGCUAUUCGGCUAUGUGCUGCGCUUUUCUUUCGCCACACUCUGUGACCAAAAUUGAUGGCUUUAUUUUUAUAGUGUAAAACAAGAUUAUUGUGAGCUUAGUUUUCUGGAAGACUUUUCUGUUACCAUUAAAAUACUUUCUGCGAAA